CGGGAAGGUUGUAUUCUGUCCGGAAUUCACCUGGUUGGUUGGUGAGUUCUUUAGUGUGUUCUUUACAGAAAACUGGUUGUAACUCUGUGUAUACUCCUCCACAGCAGAAAGCUGCCAUUCUGCUUUAAAAUGCAUACGGCAUGUUAAAUGAGAUAGACUUACUCAAUACUUUACCUAAGGGUGUAGAUAUUUAUGCACCUCAAGCAAAUGACAAGUCCUGUGCUGAAGGAACAUCGGAUCCGUUAUCACCUUUAAACUCUGAUGCGAACCAGCCUCUUAGACCGUUUUCCCAUCCCUCGCACUUAUGUAAUAAGGAUAUAACUUCUCCACACUGUCUCGAAGACCAUGUAGAUACACCUGGGGUGGUUAGCUACCCAAGACCAGCCAGCACUCCAGCGUCCAGUAAAUCUGUUAGAUAUGGUGCGAAAAAGCUUAGUGAAUUCUGUCCAUUUUCCGGAACUGGUAGACAUUCAAAUCCGUUGCGUGGCGAAAAUCCUGUCUCCGAAAAACGUGAAUCCUGCCAUUUUGAUAGUUUUACACCUUCAACGUUAACGCCGCCCAAAGGAGAUUCACCGGUAGAUCCAGUUGUGAAUGAUCUGGUAAACAAAACAGUCCCAUGCGAAUUAGACGAUCAAGACUCUUUGUUCACUACAAAGACGUUGACAUUCACGGCGGACAACAAUGAGAUGCAUGCUAAUCAAAUUCCUUCUGUCUUUGAUCAAAGUGAGCCAUGGAAUAGAACUGACAUUAUAAGAGCUGGAAUAAAACGGCCACAUUCCGCCUCAUUGUGCUACACUCACUGUUCAGAUGGUGUAGAUCUUUUAACGCGUCCUCUCUCAGCGCCAAAACGUCUAAUAGAGGAAGUACAUGUAUCUUCUAAUCUGAAUAGUAUUUUACCAUCUCCUAAUGAUACUCCAAUCUCUUCAGCUAAGUUCUCAAACACUAAUUCUGACGCCCCUAAAUCUACUCUUGAAGCUUUGGUGGCCUCAACAUCUCCGUUGACAUUUUUCCCACAUGAAUUUCCAAUCGAUUCAGAAUGUGAUGAGAAAUUCCCAGAGUUCGCACCUCAGAUUUCACACGGCUUAAUGAAUAAAAAUAUGAACGACUUAUCUUAUUCAAUUGAUUUGACAUCACCAAAUACUGAAUUUUCUGUCAGAGGAGAGGUUGAUUUAAAUGCUGUUAAUACUAAUUCAGUUUCAUCAUCAAAAUCUAUGACAUCCUUAGAUUUAAAUGAUCCUAAUUUUAAAUGUCCAAACUCUCAUGGUAGUCAGAAAUCUGUAUACAGUGAUCUGGGUUUAAUCACUGACGUUUUCCUAGAAAAUAAUAAUACAUCUGCGGUAACACAUAUGAAUGAAUAUGUUCAAGCCAUAAGAACAUAUGCUGCUGAGUUAUGCCCAGUAGACUGUGUGAUAUUACUUGAACAUUGUCGACCUUUCAACUGUGAUAGCCUUUUCAUGAAAUAUUUUCGUGAUCAAUAUCUUUGUCCAAUUUUAAGCAAUUUAAAUGGAGGUCCCCCACUAAAUGCUGAUUUUGGAAGAGAUGCCUAUACAUCUCUUUACUCACUUCAUGGUUAUUGUUGGCGCAAACCAUUGCAAACAACUACGCUGAUGCCUGAUACACCUAUAAUUUAUAAAAUUCUAAAACGAGUUGCUACUAUGCAACAUGAAUCACGUCAUACCAGUGAUCAAAUUAAUCCUUCUGAAGGCACGCCUGGUCAUGAAUUAUUACAAGCAGCAGUCAAAGAAUUCGAUGCUAUCGAUCGAGCACGGCGUGGCUUAUGCAAAAAGGUUCAAAGGCAUCUGAUCCUCCUAGCUAUGUCUCCAAUCGAUUUAAGUAAACUCUGGCAAUCAGAUUCAUCUUUUAUAGGAUUGGAAGACUAUGAUUCUAACUUAAACUCUCAGGAACCACUGAGAAAUUUAAAGAUGAGAGGAGUUGCUUUGAGUGUUUUUUCACCUGUCCAAAGUCCAAGUCUUUUAAAACUGUAUGAAUUAGUUAAUGGUAUUCCAGCUGCACCGUUCUAUGAUCGACGCUGGCAAACAGUUGCUCUAUCAGACAAAUUAAUGCAAUCCGAUAUACCAGAAAGACGAAUUGUUGGUCCAAUGGCUGCAGCUUUUCAUGCUCAAACUGAGGCUGAAUUGUCUAUUAUCGAGCAUAAACAACUCUCUAAACAGACACUUACAAAUGGACAUUCCAAUAGAAUGCUUGAUGAUUCUCAUCCACCGACUCAUACAAGUGCACUGACAACAGAUCAUGGUUCAAAUAACCGUUGUGUUGUUACCAGUAAUAACAAAUAUCAAAUUCAGGAGCAGAAUUCACAACAAUCCACAUAUUGUACAGAGACGUCUGCUUAUCCUAUUACUUCAAAUUCAUCUCUAAAUAUAGCGACAGAUAGUUCUUGCCGUGCUAAUUCAAACUCUACUGGUGGAAACAUUUCAUCCCAGUGCACAAACGAUGGCUUAUCACCUAUGGCAGUUACACAAUUUGGUGUAACUGCUUCACCAGUUGGAUCCUAUCAGCGUGCUCCACGUAAUCCAUCAUCAAUUACAUCUGCUCAAUAUCCGCCAAAUACUAUUCCUAAUUAUUCUACUCGAACUAUUUCUAAUAGUCGUAGUGGUUCAGAUAAUAAUAAUAAUACGAAUAAUAUAAUUAAUGUACGAUCUGUUGAGGGAAUUGCACCUUUGGCGAACUCAUUAUCAGGUGGUCAUUCUGGACCCAAUUCAGUUGAUCAAGCACCUGGAAGUGUAUAUGGCUCUGAUUCAGUGGCUACGCCUCAAGGAAUGUAUGCCUCCCAAGCUGGGACUGUUUCACCGUUACAGGUGGCUAAUAGUUCUCAUCUGGCAUCACAGCUUCAUUCUCCAUCGGCUUCUGGUGGACUCCAUUCACAUCAACCAACACCAUCUUCAAUUCAUUCUCCAUAUAAUCCUUAUCAUCAUAAUGCUGGUCAUAUAUAUCAGAAUCAACAAUCUCUAUAUGAUCAAAAUGCAUUGAAGGUAAUGCCUGGCACUUCACCUUCACCUAAUCCACUGCAAAAUUCUUUCCGGCCUUCAUCAAAUACAUCCUCACCUAGUUCACAAUUCAUACCAACUACAGUGAACGCUUCCGGUCUCUCUUCACCAUGUUCAUCACGUGUACCUAACAAACAGUAUUCUCCCCAACUAAUACCUCAUCAACAACAAGGUUCUCCUCAAAAUCGUAUACCUUGUCCCGGAGGAAUUCAAAAACCAAUUCACUCUCAGUUUAUUCGUGCGAAUAAUAAUAAUGGUAGUAAUAAUCAACUGUCAACAAACAAUCAUCAAACCAAUGAAAAUUUUACUACACAUUCCAGAUCAAAUACACCAACGAAUGUAGUGUAUAGUAAUAAUGCAAUAAUUAAUUCUAGCCCAUUGAAUAAUACACAAUAUGGUAAUAAUUAUAUGCCUAAAGAUACUAUGCAACAACAUCCACAACAGCCACAAAUGAAAAUAUCCAGUCCACAACCUCCUUCAUGUCUUCUUGGGCCUGAUAAUAGUGUAGUACAGCAUUCAUCUAAUCUACCUCAACCCAAUAUAACUGUUUCACAGCAAAAUCAACGUCGGUCACAUAUUUUAACGAAUACAAAUAUACCAGUUCAUCAAUCGCCUCAACUAUCUCAACAACAACCGCAAGUAUGUCCAUCUAGAACUUUGUUUUGGGAAGGUGAAAUUCAUAUGGCUGAUUCAAAUAGUAUGUCCAUGACUAAUCGUUUUCCACUGCGUCUACUAUUAGAACAAUGUGCCGUACGUGAUAUGAGUCAAAUAAAUUUACAAAUGUGGGGACCUGUAGCACAAUUAUCAAUUAUUCAAGCGUAUAGAGAUAGUCCAUUGGUUGAACGUCUUUCAAGUCCACUUGGCAAUGGUCAAUUAUUAGCUCGUUUAUUAGUCGAUUUACCACCUGAUUCUAUUGAUGUGAACAAUUUGAGCGCGUUACUCUCAGCACAAACCAAUCAAAUGAUGAUACCAUUGGGGAUUUUAUCACCGUCCAACUAUCGUUUAUCCAGUCCUAUCCAACCGGGUAUUGUAGGAUUUAUAUGUUUAGUUUACAAUCCUAAUCGUAAUCGAAUUCAUGGUUUUGUACCGUAUGAUUCAGAACAAUUUAGACAAGAUAUUGUAAUGGGUCGUUAUACUAGUACAAGAUCAUCAAAUAACAUGACUCCUGAUAUGAACAACAAUCCAUCUGGGAAUCAUUUUCCACGUGUUCAUUCAAAUUCUCAAACAUUCCCACAAGGACAUGUGGAUAGUCCGGCAGCUAUGUUAAAUAUCAAUCCUCAGUAUAUGAAUACACCAUCACAUAUGGGAAAUAAUAAUAAUAAUAACAACAACAGUAGUAUUAUUCCAUCUCGUGAUGCAAGUCCGUGUAAUUCCGUUAAUCCUACAUAUCAAUAUCAAAAUCAAUCGUCGCAUAUUCCACAAUAUAUGCCACAACAUAUGAAUUCACAACCGCAAAAUCCAACUAAAGCACAAAUAUUAGGAAAUACUACUACUUAUCAAACGAUUCAAUUAAAUCAACGAUCUACUCCAUCACCACAUAGUUUGCAUGAUAAUUUACAAACUGGAGCUGCUUAUAUGCCACAAUAUCCAUUAGAAUCAGAGACAUCAACUCAAUGGAUAACUAAUAGACCUGAUACAAUAUCUCAUCAGAAUCAACAAAUUUCAAUUCCAAAUAAUACUGUACCAAACCAGUCUGUACGUUCUAUACACUCUAGUCAGAAUUCGCAUAUGAUUCAGCAACCUAUUCCUCAACGAACUGGAAUAAACACUGGGUAUAGUAAUACCACUGCUUAUCAUGGUCAUCCUCAUUCACGACCUAAUCUAGAUCGUCUGGCACCGACACCAAUGCCAGUGCAAUGUAAUCCGAUGACAGAUCCGUCAAUUAUAUUAGAUCAACCUUCUAUUCACAAUUCUCCAGUUCCUAACGUCCUCUCCCAUGGGCAACAACAGCAACCUCAUUCUCAUUUUAUACCAAAUGGUGCAAGAAUGCAGAAUACUAUUCCAUCUAAUUCUGUCAAUUCGUAUCAUCGUAAUAAUGUACCACAAAAUUCUGGAUAUUCUCAACCUCAGUCAUUUAAUCAACGAGAGCAUUAUAUGACUACUACACAAUCACAAACUCACCUUUCACCAAGUGGCAAUUACCAAUGUUAUCAAUCACGUAACAACAUGGUAACUAGCAAUAUUCCCAAUCCAUCUGGUCAUCGUUUUAUUCCUGGUCCACCUAAUAUAGGGGGGACUUUACAAAUGUCUAAUCAACCAACACAUAUUCCUAAACAUCAGCACACACCUGUACUUUCACAAGCAGAAAAUACAAAUAAUCGACAUGGGACAUUCAGUCAUCAAAAUACACAUAUCCGUCCUAAUCUGUCUAACAUGAAUUGUAAUUCUUCAGUUGACAAUAUAGGACGACCACAUUAUCCCAUUCCUUCACAAGACCUGCCACAACAUAUGAUGCAUACUAAUUUACACGGACCAAUGAGACAACAGCCUUCAUAUGAUUCAUGCGGUCCUAGUGGGGGUGGUGGUAGUGGUGGCGGUAGCGGUGUUGGCAAUUCUCAGGGUUUUAUUUGAUCUUUUUUUCGCUUCAGAUAUAAAGAGAGCUGUCUGUACACAAUGUAACUUUCUGUGAUUUUCAAUGUUGUGCCUAAUCUUGUCAUAAUUGUUUUUAUAUUUAUUAUAGGCUUAACUUGACUGACUAGACUAGACUAGACUGUCUGUCUGUCUGUCUACUUCUUUUACGCUGUGUUUUCUUUUUUUUAUUAGCCUAAUGUAUAAAAAAUAAUGAUGACAGUCUUAACUACUCUAUUUAUGUGUGUUGGUGACCAGGAUUUAAAUCUAAUAAUUUAUAUAUAUAUAUAUAAAUAUAUGUAUGUAUAAUUGCUAGAGUUGUUGCCCAUAUCACUCGUCUUUCUUUUGUGUUCCGUCCUUUCUUUUCUCUCUCUGUCUCUCAUAUGCACUUGGUUUAGUUGUAUGCUCUACCGCGUACAAUUUACACACACACACAUACACAGCUGUUUCUGCACAUACCUAUUCUCGUAAAUAUGGUUAUUAUUCAUACUUUAUACCUAUCACCAUAAAUGGUUACUCCUUGUUGUGUAUGUUCUUAUUAUGAUUACUACAUUUCAUCAAUUACUACUGAAUAAUUGUAACUGUGUACAUUAUGAUUAUGAUUAUUAUUAAUAUGGACUAAAAAAAUCAUCACAACUUUGAUUGUUGAUUAAAAUCGGCGGCAAUUCCGCAACCCUUUAUUUCGUGAAAAAUACAUGCCCUCUCCCCCUCCACCCGAUCUACAAUCUGUGGUGUUCUUGAAAUAUUUAAUCCAAUGGAAGAAGAAGAAGAAGAAGCAAAUCCAAUGGUUCACACUUGUUUGUUUUUUUUUUUUUUUUUUUAUUAAAACAAAUUUUUUAGGUGUAUGGUUCAAUUGUUGUUUGUCGUUUUGUUUCUUGUUUUCUUUGCUUCAGAAAAAAAAGAAGAAAAUAUACAAUUAACAUUCUAUUGGAUGUAGGCAAACAACUACACUCUGUGUAUUGCUUGUAUGUUGAAUUAUUACUAAUUAAUUGAUUGAUUGAUUAAAAAAAUUGUUUUCUUUGCACAAAAUGUUUAUCAGGUUUGGAAAAAUGAUUAGUUGAUUUGGAUUGUAAAAGGGAAUUAUUAUUAUUAUUACUGUUGUUUUCUUUGUGUUCUCAAUUCAACUAAUCUUAUUCUUGGUUUUUUUUUAUGUACACUCACUGAUUGACUUUCUUGCUCAUUGACGACCACCAACAUGCACACAUUCAUUCUUAAAAUCAUCAUCAUCAUCAUUGUUUUUUUUCUUUUGUGAACAAAAAAAGGACAAAUAAAAAAAAACUCAAACAUUUAUUGGACUUUCUAAGUUUUGAUCAAUUAAUUAAUUAAUUAUUAAUAAUAAUAAUAAUUAACAUAAAUAUGUAUUAAAUUUUAUAAAGAUUACAGCUUCUUGUUGAAUUGAUUUCAUACUUUAAAAAUAUAAAGUAAAC